GCUGCCGCCUCUCGGGAUCUCUGUGAGUUUCUCUCAGAAGAAUCAGAUCGUCCGGAAUCUGCAACGUGUCCUCAGCUCACUCCGGAGAUCUCCUGGUGUCCCCGGCAUGGAGAACUGUAAAAAUGGCGGCUGUGAGAACGGCGCUGUCUGCAGUAACGGCACUGAGGAUACCGUGCCUGGCGCCUUCAAGGCAUCAGACUUAACCAUUGAACGGACCACCUCCCCCAAAGAGAAGCCGGACCCAAAUAAGCUGGUUUUCGGCACAGUGUUCACUGAUCACAUGUUCACGGUGGAGUGGUCGGUGGAGAAAGGAUGGCAACAACCGACUAUCAAGCCGUUCCAGAAUAUCUCCAUGCACCCAGCCUGCUCUUCCCUUCAUUACGCCAUCCAGCUCUUUGAAGGGAUGAAAGCGUAUCGGGGAGAAGAUGGGAAAAUCCGCCUGUUCCGACCCCAACUCAAUAUGGAGCGGAUGCAGCGUUCUGCUAAAAGAAUGACUCUGCCGCCUUUUGAUAAAAAAGAGUUUUUGGAGUGCAUCUGUAAACUGAUAGACGUGGACAGAGACUGGGUCCCGGACUCCACCGAGGCUAGCCUGUACGUGCGUCCGAUCUUCAUCGGCACUGAGCCCUCCCUGGGAGUGAAGAGACCCUCCAAGGCCUUAUUGUAUGUCAUUCUGAGCCCAGUCGGGCCCUAUUUCUCAGGCGGAGCUUUUAAUCCAGUUUCAUUGUGGGCCGACCCUAAAUACGUCCGGGCCUGGAAGGGCGGCACCGGGGACAGCAAGGUUGGAGGGAACUACGGAAACGCGCUGUUUGCGCAGUACGAGGCCGUGGACGAGGGGUGCCAGCAGGUGCUCUGGUUAUACGGGGAGGACGAGCAGAUCACAGAAGUGGGGACGAUGAAUCUCUUCCUCUUCUGGACAAAUGAAAAUGGCGAACUGGAGCUGGCUACCCCACCACUAGAUGGCAUCAUUCUCCCCGGGGUUACAAGGCACAGCAUUCUAGAUCUGGCGCGGGAGUGGGGGGAGUGUAAAGUGUCUGAGCGCUACCUCACCAUGCGCGAUCUGGUGACGGCACUGAAGGAGGAGCGGGUGAAGGAGAUGUUCGGUGCCGGGACGGCGUGUGUGGUUUGUCCAGUCGGUAAAGUCCUGUAUAAGAACGAGAACUUACACAUCCCUACUAUGGAGAAUGGACCCAAGAUGGCUUCCCGCUUCCUGAAGGAGCUGAAUGAUAUCCAGUACGGGAGAACCGAGAGUAAGUGGACGGUGCUUGUGGGCAGCGCCUAAAGACACGACACCAAUCAUCUGCGGGACAAAGGAACGCAACAAAUAUAUACGAUAAGAAUAUACGUAGACUCCAGAAUCUAGAAAUCUGUGCUGUGAUUACCACUUUCCUAAUUCUUUAUUAUGAUAACUUGGGGUCAUUGUGUGUUGUAUCAUUGUAAGUGCGCAAAUCUCUACCUGCCGCUGCUCCACGAAUGGUCACAUCUCGCAGCACAAGGCUGGAACCGUUAUCUCAACAUGUUUGCUGUGAAACUGGUUAUCUAUGGUUUUAUAUGCGCUGGGGAACUGUGGGGGGGAUUCUGUGACAGAGGGGGAAUUGGAAAAUGUUCUCUAAACAUUACCGGAUUCUGCCGCUUUACAACAAAUCCACAAGUAUUGUGUGUAGAAAGAACGCAGCGCUUCCUCUAGUUUCCUCUUGCCCUUAUUCACGCACGUUCUGGUGCGUCUGAAUUAAUGCCCACGGCGUAUAGAUCUGCAAAGCAAGAUGGCAGCGUUUGUGGAGGAGAAUUUGCGCAGCCUGUUGGGAGGAGCGGAGCAAGGUGUUACUUCAAAAGGGUGGUCUUCAGUAUGCCGACUGUCGGGGUCCCUGCGCACAGUAUACCGGCGCCGGAAUCCCGACAGCCGACAUACUGACACUUUUUCUCCCCCGUGGGGGUCCACGACCCCCCUGGAGGGAGAAUAAAAUAGCGUGGCGAGCGUAGCGAGCCCGCAAGGGGCUCAUUUGCGCUCGCCACGCUGCCGGUAUUCCGGCGGUCGGGCUCCCGGCGCAGGUAUGCUGGUCGCUAGGAGCCCGGCCGCCGGCAUACCAUACUGCACCCCUUCAAAAAGUAUGCAAUCUGCGCAGUUGAAGGCAAUAGGUCAGAUGUACUAAGCCUUGAAAAGUGAUAAAGUGGAGAGUGCUAAACUACAAACCAACCAGCCCCUGACAUUUUUCAAACACAGCCUCUGACAUGACAGAUAGGAGCUGAUUGGCUGCUACUUUAUCUCUCUCCACUUUAUCACUUUUCAAGGCUUAGUACAUCUGGCCCAAUAUUUUCAUUCCUCCAUGAUUGAAUAUCCCCCAAUGCGCCUAGAAUGACCCAUCCUGGGGACCAGUAAUACUUGCCACGUGGCCAGGUCCAAAACAUUGGUUUUAAGAGAUUUUAUCAGGAAGCCCAAAUUCCACCAGCAUUUACCCUUUACCCCAUAGGUCUGCAAACUCGGUCCUCAGGAGCCCACACGGUGCAUGUAUUGCAGGUAACCCAGCAGGUGCACAGGUGUAUUCAUUACUCACUGACACACUUUAAAAGGUCAGCAGGUGAAGUUAAUUAUUUCACUUGCGAUUAUGUGAGGAGACCUGGAAAACAUGCCCUGUGUGGGGUAAUGAGGACCGUAUAUUCGUGAAUAUUACCACCCAUAAUAAUCACCUUUUAUUAAAAAGCUUUUUUUUUUUAAGCACAAAAAAAAGAAACUUCCCCUGUACUUGUAUUUCUCUAUCCCGUCUGUAUCCAUAUCUCCCCUCUUCUCUCUCUCUCUCUCUCUCUCUCUCUCCGUUCUUCCCAUACUCUCUAGUCGCUGUGUGAAUUUGGAAGUUAUAGUAAGUGAGUAGGAGAGUAUAGUAGAGGGAAAGUUUUGUACUGAUGAAUGUAAUCCAUGAUCAUAGUGAAUUAUAUAUGUCAUUUAAUCUUACGUUCCAUGAAUGUUGCCAUUUAUGGAGAACUUCUAAACUACGUACAACAAACAAUCCCAAAGACCGAUACGCUCCAUAUUUAUCAUGCUGCUAGAGGUCGGUUUUCCUCAGGACGGAGACACAAAGCAUAUGGCGUACAGUAGGUUUUAUCGGGGUAUAACCGUGUCAUCAAUAAGCUCAUAUCAGUCACAGUAAUGCUUCAUUGUCCUGUAGUUUCCUGGGGUGGAUUCAUAGAGGAGCUGACGCAUUGGUUGAUGUCACUUCCUGUUCGUGAUGUCAUUAUUUUUGCUCCUGAGUUACCGAGUUGCGCAGACCGGCACGGCAGGAAGAUGGCAGACAGCGGCGGCACACCUGGAAUCAGGCAUAGCAUUAUUGAUGAGCUAAUUAUCUGCAAGAACCAAAAACAAGAUUUAUCAUUGCAGGCCAGGAUUUUAGAAUGAGACUCUAGAGGUGGCGGUUGCGCAUUUGAUGGCGCUACCCGUUUGUUUUAGCUUUAAAGGACUGAGACAAUUUAACACCACUUCCGGAGGAGCUGGAAAUAGUGCAGAAUCUCUUUUUAUAGACAGAGCAUAUUACAUUAACGGCUUCCUCGCCAGUGUAAUAUAAUGCUAGGAAUUUACUCUCCAGGCACUUGUAAAGGUCGCCCCGGGGCCACUUGUCGCUGACACAACGCAUUUCGCUGACAGUCUACAUUGUACGAAGCUUCUCCUGUGAUGGGAAUGUAGAACGAGGGUCUGGCAAUGUAAAUGAGGCCGUCUCACAUAUCAUAGUACUAGGUAAUUCAUCGCGCCCUACGGGCGCUCUUCACACCGUCGUAAGGGGCUACGCCCCCUUAGCCCUUACACGCCCUUGUUGCGUGCAAUAUUCUUAUUAUAUGGAGUAUUACCUCUAAUCUUAAUUGUGUGAGUGGUUAAAUAUUGCACGGACAAAGGGCGUGCGAUGGUUAAGGGGUCGUAGCUCCUUACAAAGGCGUGAACAGCGCACGCAGGGCCUAAUGAAUCACCUAGUAGGUGCUGUGGUUGGGGGAGUGGCGGGUGCGACGCAGAUAAGGGAGGGAGUCCGGGGGU